AUGCUCGAGUGUGGUUGUAAAGCGAAGUAGUCGAGUCACAUCGCUCCAGUUGAAAAUGUCUGUGCCCUCAAUAAUUUUCAAUGAUGGUCGUAAAAUGCCCAUGUUUGGGCUGGGAACUUAUUUGGCAAAGCCUGGAGAAGUGGAAGAAGCUGUAAAGUAUGCAAUAGAAGUUGGGUAUCGUCAUAUCGAUACAGCAUAUGUCUACGAAAAUGAAAAAGAAAUUGGUCAAGCGAUUCGAGAAAAAAUUAAUGAUGGUACUGUCGAAAGAGAGGAUUUGUUCAUCACAACAAAGUUAUGGUGUAAUAGCCAUAAGUUUAACGAAGUUGUGCCUGCAUGUAAACAAUCUUUGCAAAACUUGGGGCUCGACUAUGUAGAUCUAUAUCUUAUUCAUUGGCCAUUUGCUUUUAGAGUAAGUGCUUGA